CACACAUUAAAAAAAAUCAAGCCAUGCCUAAAGACAGGUGACAUUUAUUUACUCCACCGCGCAGUCGCCCACGCGCCCCACUAUAAAAAGUCACCCAGCCUUCGUCCAUCUUUCAGUCACGCUUUCGGCCUCCUGCAAAGCUUCCCAACAGAUUUUACUCGAAAAGCUUCUAGGCUAUGGCUUCAAAGAGGAUUCAGAAGGAACUAAAAGAUCUGCAGAAGGACCCGCCAACUUCAUGCAGUGCUGGGCCUGUUGGUGAAGAUAUGUUCCACUGGCAAGCUACUAUUAUGGGUCCAGCUGACAGUCCAUUUGCAGGAGGAAUAUUUCAAAUUACUAUUCACUAUCCACCAGAUUAUCCCUUCAAGCCACCCAAGGUCUGCUUCAAAACCAAAGUCUACCAUCCAAACAUCAACAGCAAUGGCAGCAUUUGUCUCGACAUCCUCAAAGAGCAAUGGAGUCCGGCACUUACCAUAUCAAAGGUGCUGCUCUCAAUCUGCUCCCUCCUCACUGAUCCAAAUCCGGACGAUCCGUUAGUGCCUGAGAUUGCUGAGAUGUACAAGAGGGACCGAGCCAAGUACGAGGCUACUGCUAGAGCUUGGACCCAGAAAUAUGCCAUGGGUUGAGCUUCGGCCGCUUGCUGUCUAAAAGUAGUCCUAUGUCAUUAAUAAGUGUAAUUACAAAACAUCUUAACAUUGGGGUUUUUAACUUUUAAUCUUCUAUUUUGACUGGUGUUUAUCUAUUAUGGAUAUCAAUGAAUGAAUGAAUGGAAAUAGUCUCU